AUGACAGAAAUACAAGCAACAGGUGAUGCUACGGCUGUAUUCCAACAGUUGGACAAGUACGAUUGGGGUCACGACAAUGAAUUCCAAACUGCUCUUGCGUCAAUUCUGAGGUCUGCAAAGACUCCCGACCAGACCGCACAUCUGACCGCACGCGCUCGUUGCUACUACUACACAAGAAAAUUCAAGACACCUGUCAGCUUCGAGGCCUACCAAAGCUGGCUCCAAUUGCAACAUCGUACUGCCGCUGAGUCUCAAUCUGUAUCGUCAACUGAAUUGGCCCAUCCACCUUCUAUAGGUGAUGCUCCUCCGCCUGCCUCUUUUGCUGAGAUAUGUGCACUUAUUGCAGAGGGCAAACCUAUACCUGGUAUAAAGGAUAUUCCUGAUACUAUUCUGGAGGGCCAGGGUACCCAAGCACAAGCCCCUGCACGUAAGAAGCCGUGGGAGAAGGAUGCAACUGCAGCGCCGACUCCAAGCUGGGCAGCGAGUUGA